AUGCCUGGAGCCAUGAAAACCUUCUUCUUAAUGUUUGCUGUCAUGAUUCUUCUUGCUCAGAUCUUCUCAGCCCCAAGAAGCCUUAAAAGACAGAUACACUGUCUGAAAAUGGAUGGUCGCUGUGAAGUCGAAUGCCUUUCCUUUGAGGAUAAGAUAGGGGGCUGCAGAGCUGAACUGACACCAUUUUGCUGCAGAAAAAGAAUCAAUAAUUAA